AUGAUCCCUAAGCUGCUUUCCCUCCUCUGUUUCAGACUGUGCGUGGGCCAAGGAGACACAGGGGGAGAUGGGUCACUGCCCAAGCCGUCCCUCAGUGCCUGGCCCAGCUCGGUGGUCCCUGCCAACAGCAAUGUGACGCUGCGUUGUUGGACUCCUGCCAGAGGUGUGAGCUUUGUUCUCAGGAAGGGAGGAAUUAUUCUGGAGUCCCCGAAGCCCCUUGAUUCUACAGAGGGCGCGGCCAAAUUUCACCUCAAUAAUCUAAAAGUCAGAAAUGCUGGAGAGUACACCUGCGAAUACUACAGAAAAGCAUCCCCCCACAUCCUUUCACAGCACAGUGACGCCCUUCUACUGUUGGUGACAGGACAUUUAUCUAAACCUUUCCUCCAAACCUACCAAAGGGGUACAGUGACCGCAGGUGGAAGGGUGACUCUGCAGUGCCAGAAGCGAGACCAAUUGUUCGUGCCUAUCAUGUUCGCUCUACUGAAGGCAGGGACGUCAUCGCCCAUCCAGCUGCGGAGUCCAGCAGGGAAGGAGAUAGACUUUCUGGAGGACGUGACAGCCGGCGAUGCUGGGAACUACAGCUGCAUGUACUACCAGACAAAGUCUCCCUUCUGGGCCUCAGAACCCAGUGAUCAGCUUGAGAUGUUGGUGACAGUUCCCCCAGGUACCACAUCGAGCAACUACACCCUGAGUAACUUCAUACAACUGGGUCUGGCUGCCAUAAUUGUGGUUAUCAUGGGAGCUUUCCUGAUGGAGGCCUGGUACAGCCGGAAGUUGUCUCCAGGUGGACUGUCGGAGGCCUUCAAACCAGAGUGA